UGGGUGUGUUGUUUGUCACUGACGUUACGCCAUGUGUGGGCAAAUCGGCUAAGUGUGGGUUUUACUCGAUUGGAUUCGUAAGUCUAUCAAAGUCAUAAUGACUACUGAUUAUGGAGUUUAUGCACGACCGUGUUAGUCACUGUACAGAUUAUAUUUUGAUGAUCAAACCCUAAGCAAUAUUUCGUCUAUGAAGGUUUCCUUGCACCCCUUAAGGGAGAGUAGAUAUGGUGGACUACUACAGGAUUCUGGGUGUCUCUAAGACUGCUACAGAGGCUGAAAUAAAAAAAGCCUAUAGAAAACUUGCUUUGAAAUGGCACCCCGAUAAGAAUCCUGACAAUGCAGACGAGGCUAACAGGAGGUUCAAGGAAAUAUCUGAGGCUUACGAAGUUCUUUCAGAUGAAAACAAGCGGAAAGUAUAUGAUGCACGGGGAUCCAGUCACCACGGUCACAGAUACCAAAGCAAGAAUGGAGUCAAUGGGCAUCGGCAUUUUAGCUUCAAAGGGUUUUUUGGAGAAACACCAUUCCAUCGCUUUUUUGAGAGGAAACGACGAGUAUAUGACCAGUACGGUAAAGAGGGACUGAAUAACUGCAGAGGACGCCGCGCUGCCGCCGACGACGAUUAUGAAUAUAGCUACGCUAGCUUCCCGUUCACAUUCCGAGACCCCGAAGAGGUUUUCAGAGAAUUCUUUGGCGGCUCUUCAUUCAGCGAUCUUUUCGCAGAAAUCAAUGGGCAUGGACACCAUCACAGACACGGACGCCGGAGUCAUCACCCGAGUACCUCUCUCACUUCGUCUCUGUUCAGCCCGUUCGGCUUCGGCAUGCAGGGGCUAGACGACAUAUUUGCUCACGCUGCGUCCAACGGCAACACGUUCACAUCGUUCUCCACAUUCAACAGCUCACUGGCGGGACCGGGAAGCGCCAACAUGAGAAAACACACCACUACAACUACACGUAUGGUUAAUGGAAAAAUCACCACUAAGAAGGUCACGGAGAACGGUCGAGAGACAGUGAUGUCUUACGAGAAUGGGGUCCUGAAAUCAAAGACUGUUAAUGGAGUACCUCAGUCAUUAACAUACAGUUAAAUUAAAUAUUAGCUCUUAACCAAACAUGAUCCAAAUGUUAAUUGUAUUCAAAUUAAUACGACUUUUAUAAGUUCCGGCAAUUUAAUUUUACUUUUGAUUUAUAUCAAUGUUUUCUUUCAAAACGCUUCGACAGUUAAAAGUCAACUUUUUUAGCUAGUUAUUUUACUAUACGUCAUUUAUUUGAAUUAAAUAGUAACCAUAAUUCGUGCCACAUAUUAUUUUGGAUCAAGUUUUGUGUUCAUAAUAUCAAUAACGUUCGCAAACAUAUGAGAACACUAAUAGACUAAUUAAAGUGUAUCCUUAUAGGCCAAGUGCUUUUAACGAAUAAUGUAAAGAAGGUACCUAAAGAUACCUAACUUUUCAAUUAUGUACGUGCCGAGUACAUUUUAAGUUGCACCAAAA